AUGAGGAUAGGGAUAUUGGCGUUGCAAGGCGCCUUCCAGGAGCACGCGGUGUUGUUGGAGGAGGCGUACCGUCAGCUGCGCGCGCGUGGCGGGACGGUGAUUGCGCUGGAGGUGGUCGAGGUUAGGACGCCGAGUGAAUUAGCUUCGUGUGAUGCACUCGUGAUUCCUGGUGGUGAGAGUACGACUUUCGGGAUCGUGGCUGAGCGGAAUGGCUUGUUAGAUGAUCUGCGACGUUUUGUACGGGACGGCUCGAAAUCGGUCUGGGGCACGUGCGCAGGACUCAUCGUCCUGGCGGACCAAAUCAGCGGCGGCAAGUCCGAUGGACAGCCGCUAAUUGGAGGUCUCGGGGUCCGAGUUUGCAGGAACCACUUUGGCCGCCAAACGGAGUCCUUCAUUGCGCCCGUAUCCAUGCCCUUCUUGAGUGACGAACCGCAACGGCCACUCGAAUCUGUAUUCAUCAGGGCGCCAGUGGUGGACGUCAUCUUAGCCGACGACUAUAAGGCGAAUGACCCUAAAAGUGCGCCCGUGGAGGUCUUGGGCAGACUCCUGUCCGGCGAGAUAAUUGCGGUGCGACAAGGACACCUAGUCGGCACAAGCUUCCACCCAGAACUCACCACAGACGCACGCUUUCACAAAUGGUGGCUGGAGACCUGCGUACUAGGUCUAACGGCGCGCUAG